AUGGGGAGGUGGUGGCCGGCUGCCCUGCUGGGCUGCGCAGUGGCGGUGGCCGUUCUGGCGGCCGCCGUGGAAUGCGCGGUGACGUACGACAAGAAGGCUGUGCUGAUUGAUGGGCAGAGGCGGAUUCUCUUCUCCGGAUCCAUUCACUACCCCAGGAGCACCCCUGAUGUAACUGCAUUCUUCAAAAUCUCUUCUUUUUUUCCCCUAUCUUCCCCGGGGAGGUUCAUGGCUGUGAUGUGGGAAGGGCUGAUUCAGAAGGCUAAAGAUGGAGGCCUGGAUGUGAUUCAGACCUAUGUCUUUUGGAAUGGACAUGAGCCUACGCCUGGAAAUUACUAUUUCGAAGAGAGGUACGAUUUGGUCAGGUUCAUAAAGACGGUCCAGAAGGCCGGGCUGUUUGUACAUCUCCGCAUCGGUCCCUACAUUUGUGGCGAGUGGAACUUUGGUGGCUUCCCAGUUUGGUUGAAGUAUGUACCAGGCAUCAGCUUCAGGACAGACAACGAACCUUUCAAGACGGCAAUGCAGGGUUUCACUGAGAAAAUUGUGGGAAUGAUGAAGAGCGAAAACCUCUUUGCAUCCCAAGGUGGCCCAAUUAUCCUCUCUCAGAUUGAGAAUGAGUAUGGGCCAGAAGGCAAGAAGUUUGGAGCCGCAGGUCAGGCAUAUAUCAACUGGGCAGCAAAGAUGGCCAUCGGAUUGGGCACUGGUGUGCCGUGGGUGAUGUGCAAGGAGGAGGAUGCACCUGAUCCAGUGAUCAAUGCGUGCAAUGGUUUCUACUGUGAUGCAUUUUCUCCUAACAAGCCUUACAAGCCCACAAUGUGGACUGAAGCUUGGAGUGGCUGGUUCACAGAAUUUGGUGGGACCAUCCGCCAACGACCGGUUGAAGAUCUCGCAUUUGCUGUCGCUCGAUUUGUACAAAAGGGUGGCUCUUUUAUCAAUUACUACAUGUAUCAUGGAGGAACAAAUUUUGGGCGCACUGCUGGGGGUCCCUUCAUCACAACAAGCUAUGAUUAUGAUGCUCCAAUUGAUGAAUACGGACUUGUUAGAGAACCAAAGCACAGUCAUCUUAAAGAACUCCACAGAGCUGUUAAGUUAUGUGAGCAGGCUUUGGUUUCUGUUGACCCAGCAAUUACUACCCUUGGAACCAUGCAAGAGGCCCACGUCUUCCGAUCUCCAUCUGGUUGUGCAGCUUUCCUUGCAAACUACAAUUCUAACUCCUAUGCAAAAGUUGUGUUCAACAAUGAGCAAUACAGCCUGCCACCUUGGUCAAUUAGCAUCCUUCCUGAUUGCAAGAAUGUGGUUUUUAACAGUGCCACAGUUGGUGUUCAGACAUCUCAGAUGCAAAUGUGGGGAGAUGGUGCCUCAUCAAUGAUGUGGGAGAGGUAUGAUGAGGAGGUUGAUUCUCUGGCAGCUGCUCCAUUGCUCACCACAGCUGGUUUGCUUGAGCAGCUUAACGUCACGAGAGACAGCAGUGAUUAUCUGUGGUACAUAACCAGUGUUGACAUAAGCCCAUCUGAAAACUUUCUACAAGGUGGUGGCAAGCCUCUGUCUCUCAGUGUGCUGUCUGCUGGUCACGCCUUGCAUGUCUUUGUCAACGGACAACUUCAAGGUUCUGCUUAUGGUACCAGGGAAGAUCGAAGAAUUAAAUAUAAUGGCAAUGCUAACCUUCGAGCUGGUACUAACAAAAUUGCACUGCUGAGUGUUGCUUGUGGAUUGCCGAAUGUUGGAGUGCAUUAUGAGACAUGGAACACUGGUGUUGGUGGUCCUGUUGUGCUUCAUGGGUUGAAUGAAGGAUCACGAGACCUUACUUGGCAGACUUGGUCCUAUCAGGUUGGCCUGAAAGGUGAACAGAUGAAUCUGAACUCCCUAGAAGGCUCAACCUCAGUUGAAUGGAUGCAAGGGUCGUUGAUAGCUCAAAACCAACAGCCAUUGUCCUGGUAUAGGGCUUACUUCGAGACUCCCAGCGGAGAUGAGCCAUUGGCUCUGGAUAUGGGUAGCAUGGGCAAGGGCCAAAUCUGGAUAAAUGGACAAAGCAUUGGACGCUACUGGACAGCAUAUGCAGAUGGGGACUGCAAAGAGUGCAGUUACACCGGGACCUUCCGGGCACCCAAGUGUCAAGCAGGCUGUGGUCAGCCCACGCAACGUUGGUAUCAUGUGCCAAGGUCCUGGCUGCAAGCAACUAGAAACCUAUUGGUAGUUUUUGAGGAACUUGGUGGGGAUUCAUCAAAGAUUGCCCUAGUGAAGAGGUCAGUCUCAAGUGUCUGUGCUGAUGUAUCUGAGGAUCAUCCAAAUAUCAAGAACUGGCAGAUUGAAAGCUAUGGCGAGCGUGAGUACCACAGAGCCAAAGUGCAUUUAAAAUGCUCACCAGGGCAGUCCAUUUCUGCAAUCAAAUUUGCAAGCUUUGGGACACCUAUGGGAACAUGUGGAAAUUUCCAGCAAGGAGAUUGCCACUCAGCUAACUCUCACACUGUUCUAGAGAAGAAAUGCAUUGGGCUCCAAAGAUGUGUCAUCGCCAUCUCCCCCGAGAGCUUUGGAGGAGAUCCCUGCCCGAGCGUGACGAAGCGGGUGGCGGUCGAGGCAGUAUGUUCUCGCACCGCUUAG